UGCUAAGCUGAGGAUGGUACCCAGCAGUGAGGAUGUAGGUGGAUCCAGGUGUUCCAGCCGUAAUGACGAUCGGAGAAGUUUGUGUACCCCGGUGAAGGCACAUUCGGGAGGUGGUGGUGGCACAGGUGCUAAUCGUAACGCCGUGGAACGAUUCAUUUGUUGCAACUGCGGAAGCUCGAUGGUACCCGCCGAUAGUCUGAAUGUGCCCUCCGGAAGUCGCAUCGGAAUGUCAGCCGCAUUUAGUGAGUUAAAUUUUCCUCGCGAAAGUUUAGCUUCAAUGUUCGAGGACAACUUGGGACUAAUCUCGCAGCAGCAGCUACCCCGUGGAACUCUAACAAUAAUUCCAAACGCCAAAUCCACCGAGGACCUGCACAUUGACGACGACUUCUAUCAGGGGCUGAACCUGGGUGCCAACAUGGAACUGGUGGAGUUUAUCGACGAUGGACACUAUUUGGACGAGUUUGGGUACGACAUCUACGCAACGGAGGAAAUUUACGACGAUUUGGAAGAAGUGUAUGAAGAGGGCCACGACGGUAACGGCGGCGGUGAAGCGAAAGCUCUGCUAGCCCUGAUUGAUGCAGAAGAUACCGGGCCAGCACCGGCUGAGGAGCAGUUCCGGAACAAGUGUACCGACAUGAACUCGAGCAAUGUCGAUGCUUUGGGAUCGGUGUUCUCUCCAUCUCUGACUGCCGAGGAGACCAGGCAGGAUCAAGAAAAGCCAUCAGAUAGGGACAGCUGGGAUCAGUAA